AUUAAAAUUUUAAUCAAUAUUUAUUUAUUAAAAAUAGUCAUGGAUAACUUGAAUGAAUUGACACGCGAAGAUAUAUUGGAGCAGUUCAAAAAAAGGGAACUGCAUUUAACAAAUGCAAAGGAUUUGUCACUGGAAGAACUACUGGUGAUAUACAAAGGAUUCAUUGUGCCGCUACCACGCCGCGAGCCACGGGAUCGCCGUCCCCAGAAGCCCAUGGAGAUCGAUCAACUAACGGAGCGCAUUAAAGUGGUGUCCAUGGUCGGCAGCAAGCGACCGAUUGAGGAGGAACCCUGUUGUUCCCAUCAAUCUAUCAAUGAUGCCAAGCAAAUCAAGAUGGACCUCCAAUGA